UAUCUAUCAGCUAAAAUUUUCCCUUCCAAUGGCGAAACGUUCUUCAUAUUUUCCCUCAACCUUGAUAAUGUGACGGGUAACUCCUCCCAUUCUUUCUUCAACUACUUCCGAACUCGCUAACUCACUGAGCUCACCAUGGCUUCAAUUCCCAAGCCGCCGCCCUACUUUCACCGUAACUCAAUUCCUAACCCUGUCUCUUCCUCCCCAGUGACCUUAUCUUUUCAUUUCCUUAAAACGGCAUCGUUUCAACUUCGGUUUAAAGCCUUGAGGACCUGUUCCGGCGGCGGAAAAAUCGGAAGCCAGGAUUACGGUUCCGAUUUCUUAAGGAAGCCGAGUAUAGUGCCGGCGAAGGACAGCGGUGGAAUUUCGGAAGACGAUGAGGGUAGUGAGGUAAAAAGAAAUAGAAGUGAACAGAUUGAUUGGGAAGAUAGGAUUUUAGAAGACACUGUCCCUCUUGUUGGCUUCGUUAGAAUGAUUAUUCAUUCUGGAAAAUAUGGAAGUGGAGAUAGAUUGAAUCCAGAGCAUGAAAGGAUGAUUCUGGAGAGGUUGCUUCCUUACCAUCCAGAGUUCGAGAAGAAAAUUGGAUGUGGAAUUGAUUAUAUUACUGUUGGUUACCAUCCCGACUUUGUGGGCUCAAGAUGUUUGUUCAUAGUUCGAAAAGAUGGAGAACUGGUUGACUUUUCCUAUUGGAAAUGCAUCAAGGGCCUGAUCAGGAAAAACUAUCCUCUAUAUGCAGACAGCUUCAUUCUCAGACAUUUUCGACGGCGUAGACGUGGUGGACCUGGUGGUUAAUGAGGGUAAUACUCUGAACUGGUCAACCACUUUAUGUCAUUUUGUCCUGAAGAUCUUUUGAAUUUUGUCCUUGUUUGUAUUAUGUCAUAUUUAUUAGCUUAAAUAACAUUGUAGAAAUUAAAGCAAUUAUUGAAAAUUCUUAAAAAUUCAAUGCUGGACAUAGUUUCGAGAAAAAACAUAUUAUACACCAGUUCUGCUGAA